AUGACGGCAACCCACCAUCCGCGCCGGGGCCCGUCCCGAUGGCACUUCGACAUCGACAAGCACCUGAACCCCUUCUUCCCGCCCUCCGCGCUACCCUAUUUACCCUCCCCGGUGGCCCAUUUCCUCGGAUACCGCACCCACGCGCCACCGCCCUCGCUCGGCAACCUGGCCAUGAUCUUCUGGGCCGUCGUCGGCGUGUUUAGUUCCCUGGCCAUCAUCGGCGCCGUCGCGCAAGAGGUGCCCGCCUUCCAGAGCCGCGCGGUGCCCAUCAUCAUCGGCAGUUUUGGCGCCGCAGCCGUCCUAGAUUUCUACGCCAUCGAGUCGCCCCUCGCGCAACCGCGCAACGCCAUCCUGGGCCAACUGGUCUCGGCGCUCGUGGGAAUCGUCAUCUGCAAGCUCUUCGCCUUAUCGCCGCACUUUGAGGCCGUCCGCUGGCUGGGCGCGUCGCUGGCAUGCGCCCUCGCCACGGCGGCCAUGGCCCUCACGGGCACCGUGCACCCGCCCGCGGGCGCCACCGCGCUGAUGGCCGUGCUGGACCCGAGCGUCUCGGCGCUGGGCUGGUUCCUGUUCCUGCCCCUGCUGCUGGGCUGUGCGCUCAUGCUGGCCGUCGCGCUGCUGGUCAAUAAUAUCCAGCGGAGGUUUCCGUACUACUGGUGGAGUCCUGGCGAGACGGGGCUAUUCUGGGAGCAGCGGAGGGGAGGGAGGAUUGAGACGGAACCUUGUGAAAAAAGGGAGAAGGUGGGAGGAGGAGGGGUUGGUGUUGGGGAGCGGAAGAAGGGGAGGGAUGAGGGGGAGGAGUCGUCGGGUAGUACUAGUACUACUAGUGGUUCGACGGCCGGCGGCGAUGUGGAGAGCAAUAUGGGCAGUACAGGGCAGCUGGCCAGGACGGUUUCGGUUAUGAGUGGCCGGGGCCCGGAGAUCGUGAUUAGACGUGGGGUGGUCAAGAUUCCGGAGAGUCUGAGUCUUAGACCGGAGGAGAUCCUCUCGCUGGAGAUGCUCAGCGAGCGGUUGUGA